AUGGAACCGCCAACCUCUGAAACUUCACCACCCUUACCGGUGUUAAUACCCAUCUCGGCAGAUUCGGCGCGAGGGUCGCGGGUGUACAUUGGCGUAACCACGCCGCUCUUAGCCAUUGCCCUCGCGACAUACGCGUUACGGAUGUACGUUCGCAUGAAGCCGAUAUGGAGAGUCGGCUGGGAAGACUACUUCAUUACCGUCGGAGUGGCUCUCAUGAUCGUCGACUACGGCUUUCUCUUCCCCGAGCAAUUCACCUCCCCAACCGCCAUCACAGUCGCCACCGCCCACUGGGCCAUCCGCUACGCCUUCAUCGCCAUCCCCAUCUGGGGCGCCGCCAUGGCCACCAUCAAAACCUCGGUCGCCAUCCUCCUCCUCCGUAUUCCCCUCGGCCGGUGCUGGGCCGCCUUUUGCUGGUCCAUGAUCGCCCUGCAGGCCGCCUACGGCAUCGGCAACACCGUCUACCUCCUCCUUCAGUGCCGACCCAUCGAAGCCAACUGGGAGCCCGCCGACCUGGCAGGACGCGGCGGCUGCCUCCCCGUCAGCGCCAUGGUGGCCGCCUCCAACGCCGGCAGCGCCGUCAACAUCAGCACCGACGUGCUGCUCUCGCUGGCGCCCGCGGCCGUCAUCUGGCGGCUGCGCGCGGCCCGGCGCGAGAAGCUGCUCACGGCGGCGCUCAUGUGCCUGGGCUUGCUCGCCGCCGUGUCGUCCAUCGUCAAGACGGUGUACGUGCGCGCGUUCGCCGUCUCGCCGGACCCGUGGGCCGUGGCGGUGCGCAUCGCGACGUGGACGAUGCUGGAGCAGCUUUCGCGGUGA